AUGGAGACCAGCAACUCUUUUCCGCUGGGAUCAGUGUCAACAAAUGAGGCACCACCCGAUCGUGCUGAGAACCAUCUGCUGUCAGACUCGACUCACGCGCCCAGGCAACACGAUGAACUGCCGGCGUAUUCGCGUGCCUCUCCGGAGAACCAGUCCCUGGGACGAGGCCACAGUACGAGACUCCAUCGCUCUGGGUGGGUCCUCGGUCUUACUCUCCUCUAUGUGGCCCUGGCAGUCUAUUCCUGGGCUAUCAUUGCCUGUCUCUCAUUCCGGCCCAUGAUCCACAAGUCCUGGAAUGCGCAGAUCGUGAUCGCCCAUGACUAUCCAGAGGGGCUACACUAUGCAACCAAUGAGUCGCUAUACCGUUCUGCUCGAGUGAUCCAGACGUUUAUCAGUGUGGUCACCGUGCCCUGGAUUUCCACUGUGUGCGCUAGCGCUGCUGUCAUUUUCGUGCAGAACCAAAAGGACGGGAUUGCCUUGAGCAUGCGCCAGGUCAUGACGCUGGCAGAUCGCAGGUGGAUGGACUUUUCGCUGUACCAGAAUCUUUUCAAGGGCGGGUGGAAGCGACACGGUAGCACACUGUUGGCCUUGGCUAUCUUCAUCCAUGUCAUUGGCGCCAUCAUCUACCCCAUCCAAUCCAUUCUGCUCGUUCCCAAAACAAUCAAAGUCCCUGUCUCGCUCCGGCAGGUGGCGACCAUUGCUGAUCUGGCCAACCUGUCUCAGCGUGGAUCCACAGAUGCCGGCGCAGAAGUGGUCAAUACUCGCAAUGCCUUUCGUCUGGCAGACCCGCAAGAAUUUCAGUCGGGUUUGUGGCAAAAUGGUACAGGGCUGUCAUUCGCAACAUUGGCGAACUUCUCGGCGCUCCACGAACCUUUCUACGCUCCGCUGCCCAGUGGAUUCCAUACGGGAGUACUCCGUCAGUAUGCGCCGCGCAUAAACUCGACAGCUGCGACUAAGAAAAUCAAGGCAGACGAGUUCCCGUCAAACUGCAAGUCUAUUUCUGGCGCCUUCUAUGCCGAUUACUCUUCCGAUUCCCUUGAGUCUACUUCCAUGGAUGACGAGAAAAGCUGGCGGGUUGUCGCUUGCAUGCCGGCCAGAGUCACCCAACCCCCCUGGACCGAGACGAAUAAGCGUCAAGACUUCUCUGAAGUAUUGUACCUGAAUCUCUCAGUGCAGGACAGAAGUAAUCAUAGCACGCCAAUCGGCGGUAGCUUGUAUGAGAUCACCGUCAACACGACUGCCGGAUACUUCGAGCUGCCAAACUACAUGAACGACGGAAUUCCUGGGCCAGUCCUACCGACACUUUCCAGUGACAUUUGUGGUUCCGGUACAGACUGUCCAGACCAGAGAUAUGCCGUCCAAACAUAUCCACAAAACCUCUACCGCCGCGCGAAUACCACCGGAUCGGCUCUUGAUGCUGCCUCCUGGAGCGCGCUGACGACCCAGAACAAAGGCCCUCUCUUGACAACGGCAUUGGCUCUAUUUGGGCCGGGGUCAUUCAUCGAGACUUUUCCUGCCGAGCACGCAGUCACAGAGUCUGACUUGAUCAACAGGUCCGGGUUCGAACAUGAAAGUAUCCGGGAUAUCUGCAUUGAUAGCGCGCCACUGCUCAACCUCUUCUACGGCGUCAGUGAGCUUCGCGGAUCUAGCACCUCAUGCAUAUAUCUCACUCUGGUAGGUGGCCAAUUGACAUUCGGGCCACAGCUAUCCAUCCGAAAGUGGCUGUCCUUAUUCUACCGCAAAGAUCAAGCGUUAUUGACCAACGCCUUCACCGCCGCAGCCUACCUAGCCAACAAACAAUGGGCCGAAUCCCUCUGGCCCACGCGCGGCGUCUACCAGGAUCGUGGCUCCGAUAUCGAUAUCCCGGGUAUGUCACUGGGCGCUGUGAUCGUAGUCUCCAUCCUGAUGGCAUUGUACAUUAUCCCGCUUCUCGCAUUGGCCCUGUACACGAAAUCCUAUCCGCGAUGGACGAACCGACUCGACUCGUUUGCUAUGCUGCGGCUUGGCGCCGCGCUUGGUGACGGCUUGUUUCCGUUGCUGGUGGCGCGCAAUAUCGAGUCCAUCAAAGAGCUCGAUGACAUCCCCGGCGUGGUUCGCGAUACAGGUAGUCCCGGCGAUGGCAUGAUCCAGAUUGGAAAGCUGGGGCUUGGCGAGGGGAGCCGUUGCACCGGCUUCGACGGUACGAGUGCUUUGAGGAAGAUAAUGAGCCCUUGA